GUUGACCUGAGGAGGGGCACCUUAUGCAGAUUUCACCUGGGGCACCAAAAGUGCUAGGGCCGGCCCUGCAUACACACCUCUAGCCGCCCCACCUUCUCUUGGGAUGAUAAAUAGCGGCCCACUCCACUACAGAUUCACCUCAACAUCUCAUCGCAACAUCUACAUCUACCUUCACAGAAUCAUGGAUUACAUAGCCACCAACCAUGAGCUUCGUAAUGGGGACUUCCUCCUGAGUAAAGAUGGGAACUUCAAAGCAAUCUUUCAGGACGACGGCAAUUUUGUCAUCUACAAGUGGUCUCCAUGCUGGCAUACCAACACGGCUACCAAUGGGGGAAUCAGAGUUCUGCUGCAAGAGGACAACAACCUGGUUAUGUAUACCAAGGAGAAGAAACCCGUGUGGUCGUCUAAAAGUUAUAAUGACACGCCCUCCAGCAAGAUGCGUCUGACCCUGACAAACGAAGGUCACCUGGUCCUUGACCAGGAUGCUCAGACCGUCUGGAGCUCUGAGAAAUCUGAAGGUUGUAAACAGUAAAGAGAUGUUGUACAAGAAAGAUCUCUUUGAUUGAGAACUGAUCUCUGUGUUUGAGAACUGAUCUCUGUGAUUGAGCACCCAGCUCAGUUCAUCAUGUUCAGUUUCUGGAUGACAAUAAAAAUUCAAAAAUUUA